GGGACCUGUUACACUAGUUGGAGUUUAUCUGAAAAGUGUGAGCCGACAGUGGAGAGAGCACCAGACAAAAUAAGAGGGAAGAAGAGGUAAAGCCGAGGGCAGUGACAGAGAGGGGGGGUGAGAGACACUGGUUCUGUUAAUCCAACUACACGUGUGGGGGAUUUCCUGCUGCCACUGGGAGCAUCAUCUCAUCAACCUGUCUGUCUGCCUAUCAUGGCUCCUCCCUCUCUGUUGAUGUUGCUGAUGGUGGUCGCCGUGGUAACUGGGGCCAGCUCGGACGACUGGGAGAAUGAACUGGAUUAUGGGAGCUGGAACUACAGAGAGGGAGCUGACAGUGUGAAUGUGGCCUCAGUGCGCAGUGUGACCCGCGUGUUGGAUGCCUGGGGAAAACGCAUCUUCAACGAGAUCAAGACUAUGCUGCACUCACAGCCCAAUGCACUGUUACCAGACUAUUCCAGGGUGCGCCCUCUGUCCGAGUCCGUGAACGACCUGUUCAGAGAAGUCUCCCUGCUGCACCGGCGCAUCACCGAGCUCUCUCAUCGCCUAGCAACACUGGAGCCCUUCCUCCGUCACCACGGCUACCGGGAGGCGGGGGUGGAGGGGGGCGGCCGGGCCCUGGCACCGGCCCCCGAGGGCCUGAGAGGAGGGGUGGCGAGCCUGGGCCGCGGCACCCCGAGGACCACGAUGAGGGGAAGUCCCCCGAGGGGGAGCCGGGUGGUGAGGAGGAGACGGGUUAGGGUCCUGCAGAGCGGAGAAGUGAAGCUGAUCCAGAGCGACAGAUAGAGAGAGGCACCAAGAUGCUCUGCCAAUAUUAUAUAAUGUAUGAGACCCACCUCUGAACUAUACAGAUUUAUAUUUUUUGUGAAAUAACAUGAUAUAGAGAUUAACCUGUGAGAUCAGGUCUAAUUCAUUUGGAUUUAUUUCUCUCUCUAUAUAUAUAUUAGCGUACAGACAUUAGCGUUCGAUCUUCUCAUCCAGCUCUCAGCAUCAUUUUCUCUCUAUUUUCCUACGAGAUAAAACCAGUCCUUUGUACCAGUGUCUCUUGGCUUACAUCCCACAGGGCCAUUCAGUAUUGCUGUAAACUUGAACAUGAAAAAAAAAAAAUUAUCAUUGGUGCUGUUAUAAUACUUCUGUAUUUAGAGGGAACACAUCAGUCACAAUCAUCAAUUUGUUUUCCUCGCAGAAAACCUUCUUCUUUGCUAAAGUUUAUAUCAGUGUUUCAUUGUUGAACCUUCAGAAUUUGAAGUCAUGACACACAUCAGAACACCUUCCUACAAUCUACUCUGGGAACCAACGUCCUUAAAACAUCCUGAGAAUGUGGUUGUUUAUAUUUUUAAGCUCGAAAUUGUAUUUUUGAAAUAAAC